AUGAUUUGAAAAUCAAAAUUAUAAUGUGAAUUUUUUAUUCUUUUGUGCUAAAUUAAUCUUACAAUUUUCAUUUUUGUUCUUGUAGUUAAUUAAUUUAAAUUAUGAGUAAUGAAGGACAAUCUAAUCUAAAUCAUAGUCCAAAUAAAGGCUUUGAAAGAAGAGGAGCUCUAAGACAGAAAAAUGUAUUUGAAGUAAAAGGACAUAAAUUCAUUGCCCGUUUCUUUAAACAGCCCACAUUUUGUAGUCACUGCAAAGAUUUUAUAUGGGGUUUCGGCAAGCAAGGCUUCCAAUGUCAAGUUUGUUCCUUCGUAGUUCACAAGAGAUGCCACGAAUUCGUUACUUUUAAGUGUCCUGGUGCGGACAAAGGGCCCGACCAUGAGGAUGUCAGGACGAAACACAAAUUCAAAAAUCAUACGUAUAGUUCUCCCACGUUUUGCGACCAUUGCGGUUCACUGCUCUAUGGUAUCAUACACCAAGGCAUGAAAUGCGAAACUUGCGAUAUGAACGUUCACAAGAGAUGCGUGAGUAGCGUGCCCAACUUGUGUGGAUGUGAUCAUACAGAAACUAGGGGGAGACUUCAUAUCUGCAUAAGCCUGGUCAGAUCCCUCGAAUCCAGGGGCGGUAAAACACCAGCCGAAAUGGCCAAUUCAAAUAAGCUGAAUCCGAGUAUGUCUAGAGGCAAGAAUAGCAUGAUCGACGAGGAGGCUAGCGAUAUUAUGACGAUCACAGUCAAAGAAGCCCGCAACCUGAUUCCAAUGGACCCUAACGGCCUGUCCGAUCCUUACGUCAAAAUCAAACUUAUCCCCGCCGAUAGGGAAAGGGAUUCUCACAAACGCAAAACCAAAACUCUCAAGGCCACUCUCAACCCUAUCUGGAACGAAUCCUUCACCAUCCCCAUCAAGGAAGUCGAUAAAGACCGGAGGCUUUCCUUCGAAAUAUGGGAUUGGGAUAGAACCUCAAAAAACGAUUUUAUGGGUGCCGUCUCCUUCGGCAUCUCCGAACUACUCAAUCGAUCCCUCCACGGAUUUUCCCAGAGCUACGGCGGCGAAAAUAACGACGGAACUACUAACAAUACUAAUAUUAAUAACGAAGGUUUGCCUGAGGAAUUUCAUCAUGACCGAAAUUUCGGGAGUUUUAUGACAAGGAUACACAAAGGCGGGGGCGAAGCCGUCAUGGGGGUCAUCGUGGACGGUUGGUUCAAGCUUUUGAGCCAAGAAGAGGGCGCUUUUUACAACGUUCCAGCUUAUGAUGACGUGUCUUCGGAGUUCGCUAAAUUCAGAUCUACCAAAAUGAAAGACGGUUCCUCGGCCUGGGAAUACAAAACCAAAACCAAGCACGUUCUGCAAACUCUGGAAGCUGGCAGUACCCCUGAAAUUUUAUCAAGGACGAUUACCAGAAUCGACAUACACCAGGAAGACGGAUUGAAUACUAAAUUGACCACCGAUAGCUCCAAUCUACCCAACAAAGAUGUUAUAAGGUUGUCCGAUUUCCAAUUCGUGGCCGUGCUGGGAAAAGGUAGCUUCGGCAAGGUUUUAUUGGGUGAAAGAAAGGGAGUUCCGGACGAACUAUACGCUGUCAAGGUUCUCAAGAAGGACGUAGUUAUACAGGACGACGAUGUGGAGUGCACCAUGAUCGAGAAGAGAGUUCUGGCCUUGCCGGAAAAGCCUCACUGUUUGGUCAAGUUACAUUCUUGCUUUCAAACCAUGGAUCGUUUGUAUUUUGUUAUGGAAUACGUUAAUGGAGGUGACCUUAUGUUUCAGAUACAACAAGUCGGAAAAUUCAAAGAACCAGUCACCGUGUUUUAUAUGGCCGAAAUAGCUAUUGGUCUGUUUUACUUGCACAACACGGGGAUCAUAUUCAGGGACUUGAAAUUAGAUAAUAUAUUGUUAGAUAGCGACGGCCACGUAAAGAUAUCCGAUUUCGGGAUGUGCAAGGAAAACAUAUUCGGCAAAAUGACUACUAAAACAUUUUGCGGAACUCCUGAUUAUAUCGCCCCCGAGAUAAUACUUUAUCAGCCUUACGGUAAAUCUGUCGAUUGGUGGGCGUUUGGGGUUCUCAUGUAUGAAAUGUUAGCUGGACAACCGCCGUUUGACGGAGAAGAUGAAGAGGAAUUGUUCGUUGCCAUAACUGAUCAAAGCGUCUCAUAUCCCAAAUCUAUGUCAAAAGAAGCCGUUUCUAUGUGUAAAGGGUUUUUAACGAAAAACCCCGUCAAAAGGCUUGGAUGUGAAGAGGACGGUGAGCGAAAGGUCAGGGAACACCCCUUUUUCCGGAGGAUAGAUUGGAUGCAAAUCGAAAACCGCGAGGUUCAACCUCCCUUUAGACCAAAAAUUCGUCACUCCAAAGAUAUAAGCAAUUUUGAUCCCGAUUUUACCAAAGAAGAACCUAAAUUGACUCCCACCGAUAAAUUAUUCAUCAUGAAUUUGGACCAAACAGAGUUCGCUGGAUUCACUUAUCUUAACCCCGAAUUUGUGCAGCACGUUUAAAAUAAAUUAUACUCGCACAUUUUUUUAGAAAAAAAAUGUUUUAUAAAAUUUCCAACUAACUUCUUACCUUUGCAAAUUCAUCAAUUUUUGAUGUAGUCAAUAUGGUACGAUGCGGUUUAUUAUUUACUUGUAAAUAAAUUUUUAGAAUGUUUAUAAAAAAAACUAUUAUUUAAAUAUAAAAAUUCUAGCAAAUUAUGUGUAAAUGUGAAAAUCCGCCAGACUUCCCAUGCAGAUUAAAUUUUCAUAUUUUAAUUUCCUCGUUCUCUCUUCCUUUUGUAUUUUAUUUGACAAAUACGUCUAAAUAAUGUACAUUAAUGAUCAAUAAAAAUUUUAUUAAUUUUUUAGAAUGAAAUCAUAAUUGAAAAAUAUAAUUGAUUCGAAUAUAUUUCGGAUUUGAGCUAAAUCGUCUUCCUUUAAAAAUCUAUAUUUUUUUAUUUUACACCCCCUCCUCCCCUCACAUCCCCAAACUUUAUUAUUAAUAUGAGCAAUAAUAAAAUUUCAAAAUUUGUUCAUUUUGAAGAAUUUCCAAGAAUUAUAUGUUAUUAUGGCAUUUUCUUAAUAAACUUUUCAUAAUUUUAUAUUAUUUUAAAUGACACUAAUAACUUUAAAAAAAAUACUCUGAUUCUUAAAAAGAAAACUAAUU